AUGUUUUUGGGUGGAUUGAGCAGAAACAAUGUAGAUUCACAUGCAGAUUACAAGGAUGUUGAUGGGGUAAUACUGGUUUACGACAUAACUAACUGCAAGAGUUUUGAUUGCAUAACUCUUUGCCUGGAAGAGCUGAAUCGCCAUGCAAAGAAGAGACAAGCUAUCAUUCUGAUAGGAAACAAAAGUGAUUCCGAGAAUGAUCGUGAAGUUCUAAGAAAGGAAGCUCGUGGAUUUGUUGAGAAGAACAAUCUGAUUUUCUGGGAGAUCUCAGCAUUGGAAGGAACUAAUUUUGAUAAUGACUUAAAGGAUUUGUUGAAAAAGCUUGUGAACAUUAACAGCAAUAGUACCACUAAUAAUACCACCAAUACCACCAACAACAAUAAUACCACCACCAGUACCACCACUUGCAACAAUACCACCAAUACCACCACCACCAGCCACAAUAAUAACAACGCCUAUCAGAAUAACGGCAGCAACAAUUGGAAUCCGUGCAAUGUCAAUGGUGAUAGUUUUUACGGAGAUUCAGUAGCGGUUCUACUAAGACAACAUGCUGUGCUUCUAAAAGAUUAA